UGAUUUCAGAUGACACGACACAUUUUAAUACUUAGCAUUGUUGGCAUGGUGCUAGUUUCUCUUGUAAAUGCACGAUAUAUCCCAGAAGAAGAAUUGAAAUUUAAACGACAGCUAGCUGAUAUGCGAGCGGCUGAGUAUCGGGCACUGAUGGCAUUGUCCAGAAACAUUACCUGCACCCAGGUAGCGUGUGGGUUAGUUGAUAUUGAAAAGAGCGGCAAGAAAAAACGUAGUGACAUAUCAAGUGACGACAUCAGACGUUCAACUCUGGCUCAAAGACUGAUCCGAUUUGCAGCAGAGAGACCUGCAAAGACUGAGUAAUCUAAAGAAAUGG